AAGGGCACCGUGAACGACCCGACGACCUUCCCGCCGCCGUCCAAGACGCACGGCUCGUACCACUGGGCCUUUGAGCGCCUCCUCUCCGCCGCGCUUGUCCCCCUCACCGGCGCCGCCUUCGUCAUGAGCCCAACCGCGCACCCCGUCCUCGACGGCUUGCUCGGUGUUAGCCUGGUCAUGCACUCGCACAUCGGGUUCGACUCCAUCCUCGUCGACUACGUCCACAAGCGCAAAUUCCCCAUCCUCGGUCCGCUCGCGAGCUGGACCCUGCGCGCCACGACCGUCGGUGUCCUGGUCGGCGUGUACAAGUUCAACACCGAGGACGUCGGUCUCACGGAGCUCAUCGCGAAGGUCUGGACAGCAUAG